UGGAUGAUCAUCUUUCAUAUGCAGCUAUGGGGAAUUGCUUACAGAAAGGAACAAGCCUAAUCCUGGAAACCGGAAACGGGAAGCUUUAAUUACCUACGUACCUACAUACAUACAUACAUACAUCAAUACUCCAACCAUCAUGAGCUGGGAAAGACAGCAGCAAGAUUUUGGCGGAAACAUGACGCACGACGGUGCUUAUCCUGCGGGCGGGGGCUACGCCCGAGCUGACGACGAUGACCUGCGCGGGGCCGCCGAGCAUGCGAACCGCCACGCGGGGGAUUCGGGGAACAGCGAUUUGUUCUCGAACUUGCUCGGUGCGCUGACCCAGAAGAAACAAUCGCUUGCGGACGAAGACGUGGACGAGGAAGAUGCCGUUAAGCAGCACAAGCGUUACUUCGAACGCCGUGACGACGAUGACGACGAGGCGGAUGACAAGAGCAUGGGCUCUGCUGCUGCCCUACAGGCAUUAAAGAUGUUUACUGGGGGUCAGAGUGGGAGCUCUCACGAGGGCAAUAGCCAAAGUGCUUUUGUAGGUAUGGCUAUGGCUGAAGCUAGCAAGCUCUUCGAUCAGAAGGCCUCUCAGGGCAAGGUCUCCAGUGAUAGCAGCAAGGAGUCCGCCGUCAUGAAGGCUGGUGAGAUGGCUUUGAAGAUGUACUUGAAGAGCCAAGGCGGAGGCGGGUCCUCUUCCUCGGGUUCGAGUAUUCUCAGCCUGGCCUCCAAGUUCCUCUCGUAAAAUGACCCGAUUUGUUGGCCUGUCCUUCCCCCCUUCUCGGGUAGCGACCGUGUCGCAAGGAGCAAACUAGCUAUUGACUUUUCGAAUGUUCGACGAGAUUCCACCAAGUACAUUUGACAGUCCAAAACGCAAAAUGAAUUGAUUUACUGGGUGAAAUAUGGGGUUCGACGACAGCCGAGACAUACAGAGACAUACAUACAUACACACAGACA